GGGGGUCGUUAUCCAAUUCCUGUGACACCACAGCCCUCACACUGGCGACAAAUGCUGGCUCUUCGCGCUCUACCAUUUUCACCACUAGCCAGACGCAUCGUUUCACGUGUUAUUCACACUAAAGGAUUUGAUAUGCGUAGUCGGAGACCAUGAAAAUGCUUCGAUUUCGUAGUCCAAGCAUCCCUUCCCUCAACCAGGAGAUCCAAUGCACGGUGCGUCUUCUGGACGACUCCGAGGUCUCCUGUAAUAUCCAGAGGGAAACUAAAGGGCAGUUCCUACUGGACCAUGUCUGCAACCACUACAAUCUCAUGGAGAGGGACUACUUCGGCAUCAGAUAUGUGGAUCCAGAGAAACAGAGACACUGGCUGGAUCCCAGUAAACCGGUAGUGAGGCAAAUGAAAUCUCAGCAGCCAUAUACCAUGUGCUUCAGAGUAAAGUUCUACCCCCAGGAGCCAAUCAAGAUCAAGGAGGAGCUGACGAGGUACCUCCUGUACCUGCAGACCAAGAGGGAUAUUUACCAUGGUCGUUUGCUGUGUCCGUUUGCUGAUGCGGCAUACCUUGGAGCAUGUAUUGUGCAGGCUGAGUUGGGUGACCAUGACGCAGAUGAGCACCCAGAGGACUACAUCAGUGACUUCAAGCUCUUCCCCAAACAGACCCUGAAGCUGGAGAGGAAAAUCAUGGAGCUCCACAGGAAUGAGUUGAGAGGACUUAGUGCUGCCAUGGCUGAGCUCAACCUCCUCCAGAGGGCACACACACUUGACACAUACGGAGUGGAUCCACACCCCUGCAAGGAUUUCACAGGAGCCACUGCCUUCCUUGGAUUCACUGCCCGAGGCUUUGUGGUCUUUCAGGGGAACAAGCGCAUUCACCUGCUCAAAUGGGCUGAUGUCAACAAACUCAAGUUUGAGGGGAAGACGUUUUAUGUGAUUGGUCUGCAAAAAGAGAAGAAACUGGUGUUGACCUUCCACACCUCCACGCCAGCAGCAUGCAAACAUUUGUGGAAAUGUGGAGUUGAAAAUCAGGCCUUUUACAAAUGUGCCAAGUCGAGCCAGAUAAAGACCGUCUCCAGUAGCAACAUCUUCUUCAAAGGGUGCCGGUUCCGAUACAGUGGGCGGGUAGCUAAAGAGGUGAUUGAGGCCAGCUCUAAGAUCCAGAGGGAACCUCCGGAAGUUCACAGGGCUGGAUUUUGUCAGAGUAAAAGUUUCAGCUCACUCAGUCACAAGCAACUGAUUAUGAACAUGGAGCCUCUACUGCCUGCAGACAACAGACACACUGUUGCAGACAAUGGUCUUCUGGCCCUGAAGGAUUCUGUUCAUCUCUCUCCUCUGAAGCCAUCCAUCAACGCAGCGGAGGCGGUGCCUGAUGAGCGAACAGGCUCCGCCCACACAGAGGCGGGGCCUGCAGAAGCCAGCGUCCCGGCCGAGGGCUCAGGGUCACGGGAGCGACCCGAGGAGAAAGAGGGAGGAGUGAACCGCGAGGCGGAGGAGCCCGAGGCGGAAGAAGAGGAGGCCGACUCAGGCGCCCUGACCAUCUCCGACAUGGUGUACAGCCCGUGCGCCAGCAUGCUGCCCACGCCGGUGGACGACGGUGGCGGCGGUGGCAGUGGCGAGGGGGGAGUGGCCGCCCUCUUCCAGAGCCCAGCCCGCAUGCUGCGCGAGCUCCACGCCGACCCCGAGGUGCAGUGCGAGCUGCGGGCGGAGCGGGAGCGCGAGGUGGCCAUGGAGGCCGCACGGCUGGCCAUGCGCCGGCCCCAGCGCUCCCGCUGGCAGCAGCUCAGGGCGUGCGCGUGCGUGGCUGCCCGGCUGGCGGCGGCCGCCGGUGGCCUGCUGCUGCUGCUGCUGCCCACCAUGCUGCUGCUGCUGGAGUCCGAACUGGACGUGGCCUUCCUGCACGACAUCCGCCAGACGCCCGAGUUCCAGCAGUUCCACUACGACUACUACUGCCCCAUGCGCCGCUGGCUGCUGUGCGAGCUGGACAUGCUGCUGGAGGCCAUUGUGGGAGACUGAGCACCAGUGGGCGCCACAGACUCUCGUCAACAUCACUGGACUACUGUGGGAGAUGUGGGAGAGGCACAGGGAAGAAGGAUUGUUUUCACACUCUCAGGCGCUGAUGGGGACAGAGUUGGGUGAUGUGGUGGUUGGGAGAGGAAUGCUUCAGCAGCAGAUUGGAGUGAGAGAAGUGACAGAGCGGGAGAGAGAGAAAGAAAGAAAGUGUGAAUAAGAAAGAGAGAGUCAGCUGACAUCAACCCUUUCUCCCUGACAGUUUCAGGCUUUUAGAUAUGUAUACUUACAAACGAAAAAAUACAAGAAUAAUGUUAAUAUCACAAAAGAUAUUCAAAUCAGUUUUUAAAUGUUUUGUACAUUUUUAUGUAAAGAGCUGCUGUUGACAGGAUUUUUUUCAGCAAGAAGCAUCUACAAAUUUAUUUAUUGACACAGGGGGAGGAAAGUGAGCUAUUUUUACUGUCUGCCGUCAUGUUAACUUGACCAGCAGUUCUCUGAGUUUUCUUAUGGAAAUACAAUAGCACAAUAUUUUGAAAUGGAGACUUUUUGCAGAUUACCUGAUGUCAUUCUGAGCGGACACAACAGGUGGUCCAAAUUUUAAGGUGUUUGUUCUUCAACCGAGAUCAAAUAUCAGGUCAGACCAGGCUGUUUGCUGGUCCACUCAUGCUGAUGACCAAUUAUGCAGUUCAGUGUUCUCCAUCAUGUGGCAGUGUGAGUGGUUUUGGAGGGGAAGUGCAUUGUAUUGGUAGGAGCUACUAAAAACUGAUUUGGAAUAAAUGCAGGCAAUGAUAUAUAGAACAUAUAAUCAUAUGUCAAAAGAUCCUUUUGUCCAGCAACCAUUCUUGUUAGAUCUGUGGGAAAUGAAAAUUAAGUUGGUCAGGUAUAAGUCAGGUCAGACUGCAUACUCAGGAAAGACGGUGGAGAACUGAUGGGAUGUAUCUCUGUGCAAAAUGAAAAAAAAAUCUUAACUGCUAAUACUGUAUCUACUCAUACACAUGGUUGUCAUCAUAGUGUGUUUGUGACUCCAUAUAUGUCUUCAAACUUGUAUGUGCAUCUGCUCAUUAAUCUAAGUGCUUGAAUGGUUUAGAGUCAAUUUCAUUUGUUUCCGUGACCUAGCUAAUGGGAUCAUGAUUACCUAAUAAUAAAAAAAACACUCAACAUAUAGCCAUGUUGUAAUUUUAAACUCAUAUUCUAGUCUCACUGAGGACAUAAAUAACACAGACAUAUAAGGUAGUGCACCCAGCAGUCUGAUCCAGGAACAUCAUUGGAAAAGCUCAGUCAUGAUGAGUUGAAUUUUGCAAUGCAACCAGUAAGUUGCCACCCUUUGUUCUCUGAUGCAAGCUUGUAUUGACACCAGUCUCACAAAUAUUCAGGUGUUAAAAGCAUAGAGCAUAUUGUACCAUCUCUGCAUCUGUUUCACUAGGCUAGCUGCCAUUUUCCCAACGGACACACGAGGAAAAGACCUGCAUGAGCUAUUCUGUAAAUACCGCAGUGAUGU